CUUUCAAAAAUAAGCUGUGAGUAGGUUGGCGGGGUCCAUCUCACGCGGGCGACAUGGCGGGCGUAGGAAGCGGGCGACCCUGCGAGGUCGAGGAGAUUUCGCUGGGAGCCACGCGGGGGAUUCUGGCGAAACCCAAACCGGUGGUGGCGGCUUCGCCGUCUUUGCAAGCGCCGCAAGACCUGUCGUCAUGCGCCGUGGUGUUGCUGCCGGAUGUGUUCGGCUUCGACACUCCGGAGACAACGGGGGCGGCCAGGCUCUUGGCCCAACAGGGGUAUAACACGCUUGUGCCGGAUAUCUAUAGGGGUCAGGCAUGGCCGAAGGGGGUGGAACAGAGCCGUAGGGCGCUAACGGAGUGGUGUUCCUCGCAGGACCGAGAGCGCAUGUUGGCGGACGUGAAGGAAUCCGUGGUGUUUUUCAGGCAGCGAGAGGUGACGCGGCUAGCUGUUGUGGGUUUCUGCCUGGGGGCGGAUGUCCUCCUCGAGUGCGCGGCGAUAGAUGGUUUGUUUGACGCCGGGGUGGCGUUUUAUCCGACGGCGCCUUCCGCGGGAGCCCGAACACGCAUCCCGACUCUUUUGGUGUUUGGCGGAAACGACGACGCCUCUCCCCCUGAAACGGCGAUUAAGGAGGCACAUGCGCAACUACUGGGGUGGAUAGGCACGCAUGUGCACGCAAACUCGGGGAGCUGGGAAGUAGGGAGGCUAUCUCGAAGCGUUCUGACAGAGAGCGAUUGGUGGCCCGAGGGGAAGGGGCGCAGCUUCCGCCCGGCCGCCCGCGAGACGUGGGAUAGGGCGAGGGAGACCUGGCGCAUUCAGCGGAGGCCAAGGCAUGGGCUCGCCGCGACGAGGCGAACGUUCGAGCUGCCCGGGAGGAUGACCCUCCCCGAGAUCAUUGAAGUCUUCACGGACAUCUGGGAAGUCGAGAUUGUUUUUUUUUUUUGAACCCCUUUUUUUUUGCCCCCCCCCCCCCCCCCCGAUUUUUGGGCUGCGUGAGUUGUUGGCCAACGUUUCAAAGUUGUGUUUCAUAAGUUGUUCGUGCGUGCGUGCACACGGCAUUGUUUGUGUUUUCGUCGUGUUUCCUCUAUUGUGGGGGGGCUGUCGUGUCUUCGUAAAAUACAACGUGGCGCCGCCACUUACAGUAGUGUCCUGUGAUCGGACCUCUUCAUGACACUGCCAUGGUGCAGGGCGCACGUCUUGAAGUAGCUAUUUUUGGCAUUUUUGGUUUUGGCUGAGCACAGCGGAUAAGGAAGCACGCCUCGGGCUCGCCUGCUCUUCUGACAACUUUUCUUCUGCCCGGGGCGAUUGUGGGUGUUUAUAAGGUUUGGCUGAGACGGUCGUGCUUGUCUUUGAGUUCCGGCGAAUACCGCCAGAGAGAGUGUCCCGUUUCUCUGUGGUGGGUGUUCCCUCUUGCAUCGCUGCGCUUGUCGCGGUUUCACAAACGAAUGGACUGAUUGAACGAACUCGCUUAUCGUGCG